GAGGCGCUGGUACCCUACUAUGUCAAAGCAGAGGAUCUACCGGAAACUAGACUUUCAGAACAAAAGCUGCAUUUUCGUUAAACGAGCUCAAAAUGAGCUAAAAUAGUAUGUAUCAACAUAUAGUUUAAUUUAAGACAAAUCGUGUAAUAAUAAGAGCUUUAAUAUUGUCAUUUUUGUAAAGACAAAACCCUUUUUGACUUGACAACAUCGGCUGUUGCGCUUGCAGUUUCCGGAAAUGGAAUGUUCCAUUUCGACGAUCUUCACUGUGGUCCAGAGAAAGAGGAAAGGAUGAGCCCUUCUCUUGUUCCUCAUCUGUCCUUUAACGAAAAGGAAUGGAACCAGCAGGAAAAUAGCUAAAGUGCACCUCUUCGACAACUUUUCCUCACCUCUGGAGAAUGAUCCACGGCCAGGUCCUUUUAUCCCAGGUUUUGGUCUGCUUUGGGUUGACUGGUCAUUAUGCUGAUGCAGCUCUGUAGUUUCAAGAACUUGUACCAAAACCGGCUCCUGAGCCUGGCUACAAUGGCCUCCCCGACCCGCAGCGGGCCGACGCGCCAGCGCUGCAAGGAUGCUGUUCGUCAUAGCUACGGCGCUGAGACCUACGCUGUCAAUGGUCUGAACCAGGAGGCUUUUGUGCUGGGCUUGUCGCGCUCCACCAGUGACACCGACCUGGUCUCCCCUGAUGCCCGCUCCACGCUCACUGUUAGCACCUCCCACUACACCAUAGGCCAGUCUGAAGAUCUGGUGAUUUCUUGGGACAUCAAGGAGGAGGUAGAUGCUGGAGACUGGAUUGGAAUGUACCAAGUUGAUGAAGUUCUGUCUGAGAACUUCCUGGACUAUAAGAACCGAGGCAUCAGUGGAUCUCACAAGGGACAGAUCGUUUGGAAAAUCGAUUCCAGCUCAAACUUCCGUGACGUUGAAACCCAAGUCUGCUUCAGGUACUACCACGGUGUUACUGGAGCGCUGAGGGCAACAACACCCAGUGUUACCAUCAAGAAGAGUGCUGCACCAGUUUCAAAGCCAGUAGUCAGUCCUGAGGUGAAUCAUGUAAUGGGGAACAGGAGGCUAAUCAACUUUUGGUUGUCAGACCUGCAGGCUGUUGGACUGAAGAAAGGGAUGUUCUUCAACCCCGACCCGUACCUGAAGCUCUCCAUACAGCCAGGGAAGCACAGCAUCUUUCCCUUGUUGCCUCACCAUGGCCAGGAGAAGCGCUCCAGAGUGGUGUGCAACACGGUCAACCCACAGUGGACCACAGAGAGGUUUAACUUUGUGUCUCUGCCCACGGACGUCCUGGAGAUUGAAGUGAAAGACAAAUUUGCCAAGAGUCGACCAAUCAUCAAGCGCUUCCUUGGAAAGCUGUCCGUCCCGGUCCAGAGGCUGCUGGAGAAACAUGCCAUUGGGGAUCGGGUUGUGAGUUAUUCUCUGGGCCGCAGGGUGCCAACAGAUCACGUCUGUGGCCAGCUACUGUUCCGCUUUGAGCUGACCUCCUCCAUUCACCCCGAUGACGAGGAAGUCUCUCUGGUCAUUGAGACAGCCUGUGCUGAGGCGGGAAAUGCAGCAGACGACGCUGGAGGAGCUGCAGAUGACGACACGCUGAGUGUGGGCCCCGACAUGCCCAGUCUACCCUUGGAUGCCCCUUCUGAAGCAGAGACCUUAGUCCCUGCCCCCUCCACACUUGAAGAAGAAACCCAUUCUGCUGAGGGGGAGGAGGAGGAAGCUGGAGCUCAGGUGGAGCAAGGAAGACCGGAGGAGGAGGAGAGGAGGGAGGAACCUCCAGCCAGUCAGCAGCAGGAGGAGAAUGAGAAAUCAUCGGAACAGCAGGAAGACAACGGUAUAAAGGAGGAAGACAUGGUAGGAGGAGAAGAGAGGGUGCAGGAGAGGAGGGAGGAGGAGCAGAGACAGGAGGCCACUCUUCAAACUGAGGAAGAGGCGUCAGUGGAGAGGAAAGAUGUUGGCGAUGAAGCACAGCUGGAAGCCUCCUCUGGUGGAGCAGCUGCUGUGGAGGCUCCUUCUGAGGAAACUGCCACGUUCCAGGGAAACCACACAGGAGCAGGUGAGGAGGCCCCAACGGGAGUAACAGAGGGAGGUGAGAGGAGCUCUCCUCCCUGCUCCUGCCAGCCUCUAUUGUCAAACCUGAAUUCCAACGCUUUGUCCCGACGGAAAAACCGCCCCUGCUCCCUCCCGGUGUCGGAGCUGGAGACGGUGAUUGCGUCGGCUUGUGGUGAACCGGAGACGCCGCGGUCCCACUACAUUCGCAUUCACCACCUCCUCCAUAGCCUCCCAUCUGCCCAACAAAGAGCCCCAAGCCAGGAGGACGAGCACGUCCUGGAGGGAGACGAUACCAGCAGCACUGUGGACGCCACGUCACCAACACUCAAAACCUCCAAGGAGGAGAAUGGGCCUGAGGAAGAGGAGGAGGAUGAUGAUACAACUCAAUCACCAUCACAGGUGCCUGAGUGUCCGGGGCCCUGCUGCCGGCGCUCCCUGCCCCGCAGCCUUUCCAUCGAACGCCUGUCGGAGCUGAACCAGCUCCUGGAGGGCGAUGGAGGAAGAGCACACCCAGUGGUGAGGAGGAUCUCCCCCUCCUGCCUGGACAGUGAGGAGGGGGAUUCCAGUAUCGGAGGAAGAAGAGUUUGUGGCGGCACGCACAGACCUUUGGGUGAGAACGAGUGCGAGUUCUGCGACACCUCCUGCUACAGCACCUCCUGCUACAGCACCUCCUGUUACAGCACCUCCUGCUACAGCAACUCAGGCUUUGAGGCGAGGGGCCGAUUCUGUAGCCACAACCGCUUGUCGUCGGUUGACAGCAACCGGCUCUCGGGGAGCACGGUGUUCUCCUCUCAGGAUGAGGACGAUGAGGAGGAAAGCGCCUUUGAGUCAGUGCCUGACUUCGCCCACCCUGAGGCCCAGAGUCUGGGUGGGCCAGAGGAAGGCAGAACGCCAACAAGUGGAUUCAAGGAGAACAGGAGAGGGGAGCAGGAGGAGCCAACUGUGGCUGGACCCAGUGACAGGAACGGCAUAGGCUCAGACUCCUCCCCUCCUGUUGACCAUCUUCCUGUUCUGCGACCCAGCCAUGACCUAAACCAUUUUCCUGCUGCCACAGACCAAGCCUUACCUCCAAAUUGGGAAGCUCGUAUUGACAGCCAUGGCAGAGUUUUCUACGUGGACCACGUCAACCGGACAACAACCUGGCAGAGGCCAAGCCAGGGCAGCAAAUGUAACCAAGGCAUCCCUCGCUCCAGUUCUACACAGCAGAUGGAGCAGCUCAACCGCAGGUACCAGAACAUCCAGAGGACCAUGGCCACAGAAGAGGACGGUGGCAGUCGGAGUUCAGACGGGGACUCUGACUCCCCACAGACAGGUCCCCCCUCCCCUGUCAAUCAACAGAAAAUCACUCAUCUCCUCCAAUCCCCUGCUGUCAAAUUCGUCACACAUCCAGAGUUCUUCACCGUGUUGCACAGCAACUAUGCAGCGUACCGCAUGUUCACCAGCAGCAGCUGUGUGAAGCACAUGAUCCUGAAGGUGCGUCGGGACGCCAGGAACUUUGAGCGCUACCAGCAUAACCGGGAUUUGGUGGUUUUCAUCAACAAGUUUGCAGACACACAACUGGAGCUGCCCAGAGGCUGGGAGAUCAAGACUGACCCACAGGGGAAGUCUUUUUUUGUAGAUCACAACAGUCGAGCCACAACUUUCAUCGACCCGCGGAUCCCUCUCCAGAACGGUCGAUUACCGGGUCACCUCGCUCACAAGCAGCACCUCCAGAGGCUGCGCAGCUACAGCGCUGGAGAGGCUUCUGAGGUGUCCCGGAGUCGCGGGGCCUCUCUGAUGGUCCGGCCUGGAAACAGCCUGGUAGCAGCGAUACGAAGCCAACACCAGCCAGACUCCCAGCAGCUGAGCGCUCCAUCUUACAACGACAAGAUAGUUGCGUUCCUACGGCAACCCAACAUCUUCGACAUGUUGCAGGAGCGACAGCCCAGUCUGAGCAGAAACCACGCUCUCAGAGAGAAGAUCCAUUACAUCCGGACAGAAGGGGCUCAGGGGGUGGAGAAGCUUUCGUGUGAUGCAGACCUGGUCAUCCUGUUAAGUUUAUUUGAGGAGGAGAUCAUGUCCUACGUCCCUCCUCACCCCAUCCAUCCCGGCUUCAGCUUCUCGCCACGCUGCUCACCCGCCUCCUCACCCCAGAAUUCUCCCGGUCUGCAGAGGGCUAGAGCUCCCGCUCCAUACCGCAGAGACUUCGAGGCCAAACUGAGGAACUUUUACAGGAAAUUAGAAGCGAAAGGUUACGGCCAAGGACCGGGCAAGAUAAAGCUGCUAAUCAGGAGAGAGCAUCUGCUAGAAGGAACCUUCAAUCAGGUGAUGGCGUAUUCCCGCAAAGAGCUGCAGAGAAACAAGCUCUACGUCACCUUCCUGGGAGAGGAGGGUUUGGAUUACAGUGGUCCUUCCAGAGAGUUCUUCUUCUUUCUGUCUCAGGAAUUGUUUAAUCCGUACUACGGCCUGUUUGAAUACUCUGCAAACGACACGUACACAGUCCAGAUCAGUCCGAUGUCUGCGUUUGUGGAGAACCACCUGGAGUGGUUUCGGUUCAGUGGUCGUAUUCUGGGCCUGGCUCUGAUCCAUCAGUACCUGCUGGAUGCAUUUUUCACCAGACCCUUCUACAAGGCGCUGCUCCGGCUACCAACAGACCUGUCAGAUCUGGAGUACCUGGAUGAGGAGUUCCAUCAGUCGCUUCAGUGGAUGAAGGACAAUGACAUCACAGACAUCCUGGAGCUCACUUUCACAGUGAAUGAGGAGGUUUUUGGCCAGGUGACCGAGCGGGAGCUGAAAUCUGGAGGCUCCAACCUGCAAGUGACGGAGAAAAACAAGAAGGACUACAUAGAGCGAAUGGCCAAAUGGAGGGUGGAGAGGGGAGUGGUCCAACAGACUGAGGCGCUGGUUCGAGGCUUUUAUGAGGUGGUGGACUCCAGGCUUGUAUCUGUUUUUGAUGCGCGGGAGCUGGAGCUGGUCAUUGCUGGGACAGUGGAGAUAGACUUGAAUGACUGGAGGAGCAACACGGAGUACAGAGGAGGUUACCAUGACGGCCACAUAGUGAUGCGAUGGUUCUGGGCAGCUGUGGAGAGGUUCAACAACGAGCAACGCCUCCGCCUGCUGCAGUUUGUCACAGGGACCUCCAGCGUUCCCUACGAAGGCUUUGCUGCCCUCCGUGGAUCCAACGGCCUACGGCGCUUCUGCAUCGAGAAAUGGGGCAAAGUCACCGCAUUACCUAGGGCUCACACCUGUUUCAACCGCCUCGACCUGCCUCCAUACCCGUCAUACACCAUUCUGUAUGACAAACUGUUGAUCGCUGUGGAGGAAACAAGUACAUUUGGCCUGGAGUGAGGAGGACUGAUCAAAUGCAGCAACCAACAUUGUGCUCUUCUUCUGGCUUGGUCAAAAGGCCGGAGAAAAGUGGCCUCUUUUUGGCUGAGGACGUUGUAAAGACUUGUUACCUGUCCAGAACAAAGUAUGAUGGUGUGGAUUUAUGUACGUCACUGUCAAGUGUUCGUCUUUCACAGAAACACAAGGGGCUCAGGAGAGUACCCACACUCAAGCCAUUCAGCAGGACUACAGUUAUUUUUAUAUCAUUAUUUACAAGUGUGGCAUGUGAAACGCUUCACUGGCUCAAAAUGGAGAAGAAGAAAAAUGUAUAUAUUUACUCCACGUGUAAUCAAAGAAAGUAUGCAAAGAGAUUUGGGAUCAUAUUUUGCAUGAACCAAAUUGCAUCAUCCUUUCAAUGGUGAAAAUACUUCGUAAUGGUGAUAAAAAAGCAUUUUAAAAACAAAAAGUUGGGAAAAAGCAGGGGAAGUCAAAUAUUAUUAAUAAUAUGUUUUAGUGCUGGAAAAUGAACAAAAAUGUAUAUGUAAUCCACAAAUGAAAUUACUAAUUUAUAAAUCAGAUUUAUAAAAGGUCAAAUGGUAUAAUUAUUGCUCAAAAAAAAAAUAUUAUUAUACAGUACAAAAAAAAUGACAUAUCUAAAAUGCAAAAAUACAUAUUUGAAAGUCUUCUGUCCUUCAGGUUUAAAGGAGAAAAGUAUUGAUUUUUUUAGAUACCAAUACAAGCAACAUUAAAAAGUGCUUUGACAUAUCCUUACCAAAUGUUUUAUUCAAUUUACAUCUCUAUUAGAGUUCAUGACGUCUAAUGAAUACAUCUUUAGGUGGUCUGUCUGACGGUUUAUAUCACUGCGUCAAAGGAACAAUCAAGAAUCCAUUUUUAAAAGGGUGUUUUACAAACAUUUGCUGCAUCUCAAAAAAGAAAAGAAAGAAAUGUAGUUGAACUUCAAAAGUGCAAACAAAUUAUUGAAAAAAAUGAAACCUGUUAGCUUCUGGAUUUGAUUGCAUUGAUGGGUUUCAAACAAACACAUCAAAAAAAAAAAAUUUAGAACCUUCUUUUCAUUUUGUAAACAAAAUGAAAAGCAACCUAGAACACACUACUGUCAAAUGAUUUAGUGCCCUAUCCAAAUUUUAGAUGCAUAAAAACACCUGACAUUCAGACUGCUUUGACCAUCAUCCAUUUGAUUUCAGUAAAAUAAUAUAUCAUUCUUUAAUAUAAAGACUGCUGUGCGACUAGUCCAGAUGUGAGCUACUAAAUAUUUCUCAGUCAGUUGACAGUGCCCAGAAAUGUUGGCCAAUUCCAAGCUUCCAACUUUGUGGGAACAGUUGGACCUUCCUGCUCCAACAUGAAUCCAUACAACCACAGAAAGAAGGUCCACAAAUACAAGGAUGAGUUUUUUUUGUGGAAAAAUUUAACCAGCCAGAGCAGAACCCAAGAAGAUUCAAACAUUCUGUGAACACACUUCUAAAUCCUUCGGAAAGUGAAGACUAGAUGCUGUUAUUGCUGUUGAAACAAACCAAAAUAACUGUAAAGUCUAUGGAUUACCAAUAAGCUUUGAAUUUAGUUUUAAUGCAACUUGCAAUCUAGCGUAGAGCUCUGAGAAACUGGUGAAGGAGCUUGGUUAUCUCCAGUUAGAUCAGUCAUUCAUUCAUGUUCUGUUGUCAUAUUUUACAUUUAGGACACAAAUUCAAACCAAAUAACAUUAAAUCAUGCUUUUUAAGGAUUGUUUCUGUACAACCUCAAAACAGUAAAACGUUAUGUACCAUCCAAAUACUUUAUACAACAUAUACAAUAAAGUUGAAGGCAAAAGAAUUGUCUUUUUCAUAUUAAA